AUGUCUCAGUGGAAUCAAGUCCAACAAUUAGAAAUAAAAUAUUUGGAACAAGUUGAUCAAUUCUAUGAUGACAACUUUCCUAUGGAAAUUCGGCAUCUGCUGGCCCAGUGGAUUGAAAGUCAAGACUGGGAGGCAGCUUCUAACAAUGAAACCAUGGCAACCAUUCUUCUUCAAAACUUGUUAAUACAGCUGGAUGACCAGAUAGGUCGUGUUUCCAAAGAGAAAAACUUACUCUUAAUUCACAACCUGAAAAGAAUUAGAAAAGUCCUUCAGGGGAAGUUUCAUGGAAAUCCAAUGCAUGUAGCUGUUGUGAUUUCAAAUUGUUUAAGGGAAGAGAGGAGAAUAUUAGCUGCAGCCAACAUGCCCGUUCAGGGCCCUCUGGAGAAGUCCUUACAAAGUUCUUCAGUUUCAGAAAGACAAAGGAACGUGGAGCACAAAGUGGCUGCCAUCAAAAACAGCGUGCAGAUGACAGAACAAGACACCAAAUAUUUAGAAGACCUGCAAGAUGAAUUUGACUACAGAUAUAAAACAAUUCAGACAAUGGAUCAUGGAGACAAGAAUAAUGCUAUGAUGAAUCAGGAAGUUUUGACUCUGCAAGAAAUGCUCAACAGCAUUGACUUCAAGAGGAAGGAAGCCCUCAGUAAGAUGACACAGAUAGUAAAUGAGACAGACAUGCUGCUGAACAGCAUGCUGAUAGAGGAAUUGCAUGACUGGAAGAGGCGGCAGCAGAUUGCCUGCAUUGGAGGUCCACUUCAUAAUGGGCUCGACCAACUUCAAAACUGCUUUACACUUUUGGCAGAAAGUCUUUUCCAACUCAAAAGGCAACUGGAAAAAUUAGAGGAGCAAUCUACCAAAAUGACAUAUGAAGGUGAUCCCAUCCCAAUGCAAAAAGCCCAACUGAUAGAAAGAGUUACCUUCUUGAUCUACAAUCUUUUCAAGAACUCAUUUUUAGUUGAACGACAACCAUGCAUGCCAACUCACCCUCAAAGGCCAAUGGUACUUAAAACCCUUAUUCAAUUCACUGUAAAGCUAAGACUACUAAUAAAACUGCCAGAGCUAAACUAUCAGGUGAAGGUGAAAGCAUCAGUUGAUAAAAACGUUUCAACUCUAAGCAAUCGAAGAUUUGUCCUUUGUGGAACUCACGUCAAAGCAAUGUCCAUUGAAGAAUGUUCCAAUGGGAGUCUCUCAGUAGAAUUUCGGCAUUUGCAACCAAAGGAAAUGAAAUCCACCACUGGGAGCAAAGGAAAUGAGGGCUGUCACAUGGUGACUGAAGAGCUUCAUUCCAUAACCUUUGAGACACAGAUCUGCCUCUAUGGCCUGACUAUAGAUUUGGAGACCAGCUCCUUACCAGUGGUGAUGAUUUCCAAUGUCAGCCAGUUACCGAAUGCAUGGGCAUCCAUCAUCUGGUACAAUGUGUCAACCAGUGAUUCCCAGAACUUGAUUUUCUUUAAUAAUCCUCCAUCUGCUACUUUGUGUCAACUCCUGGAAGUGAUAAGCUGGCAGUUCUCAUCAUAUGUUGGUCGAGGCCUUAAUUCAGAGCAGUUGAAUAUGCUGGCAGAGAAGCUUACAGUUCAGUCUAACUACAGUGAUGGCCAUCUUUCCUGGGCCAAGUUCUGCAAGGAACACUUACCUGGUAAAACCUUUACCUUUUGGACAUGGCUUGAAGCAAUAUUAGAUCUAAUUAAAAAACAUAUUCUUCCCCUUUGGAUUGAUGGGUAUGUCAUGGGUUUUGUUAGUAAGGAGAAAGAACGCCUCUUGCUAAAAGAAAAAAUGCCUGGGACUUUUUUGUUACGAUUCAGUGAAAGCCAUCUUGGAGGAAUAACUUUCACCUGGGUGGACCAUUCUGAAAAUGGAGAAGUAAGAUUCCACUCUGUAGAACCCUACAACAAAGCCCGGUUGUCUGCUCUGCCAUUUGCUGAUAUCCUUCGAGAUUACAAAGUGAUUAUGUCUGAAAACAUUCCUGAAAACCCACUGAAAUACCUAUAUCCUGACAUUCCCAAAGACAAAGCCUUCGGUAAACACUACAGCUCUCAGCCUUGUGAAGUUUCAAGACCAACAGAAAGGGGAGAUAAAGGUUAUGUUCCUUCCGUCUUUAUCCCCAUCUCAACAAUCCGAAGUGAUUCAACUGAGCCACAUUCUCCAUGUGAUCUCUUGCCUAUGUCUCCAAGUGUGUAUGCAGUGCUGAGAGAAAACCUGAGUCCCACCACGAUUGAAAAUGCAAUGAAGUCUCCAUAUUCUGAUGAAUAA